AUGGAGAAAGCAGCUGCCGACAUCGAACAGCCCGCAGCCCAGCCCGAAACGAGCGACUUCAUCACCGGAUGGAGACUGGCCAUCCUGCUACUAAGUGUGUCUAUCGCAAUCUUUCUGCCCAACCUCGAGGUCUCCAUCGUCAGCACUGCCUUGGUCACCAUUACCAACGAUCUCCAGGGCUUCAGCAAGACUGGCUGGGUGGUUGUCGCGUAUCUCGUCACAUAUACUGGUAGGUCUCUCUCGUUGACUGCGACAAGACUGGGCCUUACCGUCUUGCCUGGAACAGGCUUCAUCAUCAUCUGGGCCAAGCUGAGCGACAUACUCACCCGCAAAUGGUCUCUGAUCGCGUCGCUGGUCGUCUUCAUUGUUGGGUCAGCAAUAUGUGGUGCUAGCCAGAGCAUGACCAUGCUCAUCGUGUUUCGCGCCCUCCAGGGCCUCGGGGGAGCAGGGUGCUUCUCGAUAUCCAUGGUGGUCUUCUUCGAGAUGAUCCCGCCAGCCAAGUAUCCCAAGUAUGGAUCGCUGCUCUCUGCUGACGUUGCGCUGGCGACUCUCCUGGGGCCGAUUAUUGGCGGCGCCAUUGCAGAUGGGACUUCGUGGCGCUGGGUGUUUCUUCUCAACCUUCCCAUCGGUGCCCUCGCCGUCGUCGCACUGCUCGUGUUUCUCCCCAAGAACUUCCCAUAUCACGGCUCGCGCCCAAAACCCCCCAACAGCAAGCACUCUCUGCAGCGAGUAGACUUCAUCGGCACCCUCCUCCUGGUGGGUGCCAACCUCCUCCUCGUCACAGCUCUCCUCGAAGCCAGUACCGACUAUUCAUGGUCCUCUGCACUCACCAUCUCUCUCCUGACCAUCUCCGCCGUCCUCUGGAUCUGCUUCGUCGUCUGGGAGUACUUUGCCACCAGAGAGACCUGGCCCGUCGAGCCCGUCUUCCCCUUUCGCUUCUUUCCCAACCGCUACUGGAUGGGGAUGCUUCUGCAGUCCUUCUUCCUCGGCGUCCCCUUUACCAUGCUCGUGAUUGCCCUCCCGCAGCGAUUUCAGACGGUAAACAGCAUGUCCGCGCUCGACGCCGGCGUCCGCCUCCUCCCCUACGCGAUGCUCGCGCCCGUCGGCUCUCUCGUCAGCAACAUCAUCUUCAUGCGCCGCCCCGUGCCAAUCCCACUCUUGAUCGCGGGCGCCACGUUUCAGGUCCUGGGUCUCGCAUUGCUGGUCGCCGAGCCCGUCCGCGAGUCACUCCCAGCCAAGCUGUACGGAUAUGAGACCCUGGGCGGGUUUGGGGUGGGGAUUACUUUUGGGACAUUGGUAACUAUUACCCCGUCGAGUGUGGAACCGCGCGACCUCGCAACAGCAACGGGGGCGAUGAUCCAGUUUCGACAGAUGGGAAGCACAAUCGGCCUCUCAAUCGGCUCGGCCUUGCUAAACAGCUACAUCAAGAGCCAUUUGGCGCCCCCGGUCCUGAGCGCCUCUCAGCUCGAGUCGCUGCUGGAGAAUAUCCGCGUCAUCUUUACACUGCCGCCGGAGCUGCAGCAGGUGACGAGAGAGGUAUUUGCCGCGGCGUUUGAGCUGCAGCUCAAGGUCGUCAUUGGCCUUGCGGCGGCCCUGUUUCCGUCGAUUCUGCUUAUGCUGAGGGUGACGAGGAGAGAUGGGGGGAUUCUUUCGGCGGGGACGGGCGCAAGGUGA